AUUUGAUAAUAUUGAGUGGUUAAUUUUCUGACUGUGCUAUUCUCAUAUACAUAAUGUGGUCUAUAUUUGGCUUUCUAACAUAACCCAAGACAUGUUUAUCAAAUGUAAAAUUUAUAGGGAUAUCUUGUAAUAUUAUAAUUGUUUUGUGUUUAAUGACAGGAUUUCCAAUGGCUGCAAGGAGGAGGAGGGGGAAACCUCCAUUACAGGAUGCUAUAGAAAAUGCUAUCAAGGCACAGGACAAGAUAGCAGAAUUAGAAGUGAAGUACAUCAAUUCCUUUAAAGGUCGAGGGGUGUUUACCAAAACCCAUUUUAGUAAAGGCGACUUUGUGGUGGAGUACAGAGGACAACUAAUAACAUCUGAAGAAUCAGCAAGAAGGAGGAGGACCUAUCACAGAUCAUGUACUGUUUUCAUGUUUGAUUUCCACUGGAAAGAAAAGACAUGGUGUAUUGAUGCAUCUCAAGAAGAUGACAGCCUUGGACGAUUAGUCAAUGACGACAACAGACAUCCCAAUUGCAAAAUGAAGAAGAUCGUAGCAGAGGGCAAACCCUACCUCUGUUUAUUUGCUCUGAGGGACAUUCAUCCAGGAGAAGAAAUCACAUAUGACUAUGGUGAAAGUGAUUGGCCAUGGAGGAAACAGUCAUGUCCUGAGAUGACCUCUGACACAGAAGUCUCCAGAACAGCAGAGAAGACUGCAGAGAGGCAUCCAUCCACCACCAUGCAGUCAUGUCCUGAGAUGACCUCUGACACCGAUGUCUCCAGAACAGCAGAGAAGACUGCAGAGAGGCAUCCAUCCACCACCAUGCAGUCAUGUCCUGAGAUGACCUCUGACACCGAUGUCUCCAGAACAGCAGAGAAGACUGCAGAGAGGCAUCCAUCCACCACCAUGCAGCUGUAA